UAACUCCAAGUGGAAAAAGAAGUUGUGUAGAGUUGCCGCUCUGAAUGGCCACAAAAAGGCAAUAAAAACCCUCCAAACAGGAGGAAUAAAGGGCGCAAAAACGCGGCGCGUUUUCUUAUCUGAACAAUGGCUUAACCUCGCUGUGGUCUCAUAGGUCGUCAUGUGCUGACAAGUUCGACCAAACAGCGCUGCCUUUCUGAACUCAGACACUGAGCUUCAGCCGCAUGUAGGAAGAUGGUGCGCAAUUACAUACGCAAGACAGAGAGAGGCAGUACACCUCCAGAUAUUAUGCUGAGAGCAGUGAGGCAGGUGAAACUGCAGAACAGAACGAUAAGAAGCACAGCAAAGGAGUUUGGAAUACACUACCGCACGUUAUGUCGAUACUGCAGGAAGUUCACUGUGGAAGAGAUUGAAGGGAGACAGAUGGAGCCAACCACAACAGUGGGUUACAUUAAAAACAAACUAAUCCUACCUCUCGAGCUGGAAGAGAACCUGGUAAAAUAUAUAUCCAAAGAAUCAGAUGUAUAUUAUGGCCUUUCACCGAAAGAAACACGAAAACUUGCUUACCAGUUUGCAGUUGCUCACAAUAUCAAGGUGCCAAAGGUGUGGUCUGAUAACGAACAAGCAUCUGCCGAGUGGUUCACGGGGUUCUUAAAAAGGCACACAACAAAUACAGUAAGAACGGCGGAAGCAACAAGCCUUUCAUGUGACAGUAGUAGACCAGUGUCCACCAUCAAAAACAGUAGUGAAGUUCCAUUCAGUACCAGCCCAGUGUCCACCAAUGAAUCCAGCACUGAAGCUCCAGGCAGUGCCAACCCAGUGUCCACCACUGAAAACAGCAGUGCAGCUCCAGCCAAUACCAGCCCAGCGUCCACCACUGAAAGCAGCAGCAAAGCUCCAUCUGGGAAUAAAAGUGUUUCUGUGCCAAGCACCAGAUCCAUGCCAGUUUUUCCAUCCCUAGAACAUCUGAGGUCAUUACCCAAAUCUGGGGCAAGGAAAACUGUUAAACGUAUAGUGAGAAAAUAUGCAAUCUUGACUGACACACGGGUGAAGGAAGAGUUGGAGCAAGACAGGGCAAAGUCUUCGCAAAGAACAGAGGAGAAAAUUCUCCCAGGACAAAAGACAAAGAGGGCUGUGGGAAAGAAAGAAGUUAGGUUUGAUGAGCUAUCAGAUGAAGCCGAAUGCUUUUGUCUGGUAUGCCUUGGACCGUUCUCGAGCGGUGGGACCAGUCAGCCGUGGGUUAGGUGCUGCAGAUGCCAAAAUUUGUCCCAUGAAGCUUGCACAUCGGAGUAUCGCGUUAUACUCUGCCACAACUGUGGAUCAUUUGAUUCUGACUCGGAAUAAACUUAAACAAUCACAGUUAUCACCUCACUGUAAAACCUGAUAAGUUCAGUAAGCUCAAAUGGUUUGAGGAAACCAACUGCCUUAAACUAUUUAAGUAACUCAAAUCAUUUGACCAUAAACUGAGUAUGAACAACACACAUUUUGUCAUUGUAUGCACUUAAGUACAUUGAGUGAACUGUACUAACUCCGUUCAUUCUGUUAAUAUGAUUGAGUAUUUCAGACUUAUAUGUAACUUAUAGAACAUAUAGGAGUUGUCACAGUAACUUAAAUUCACUGCCUUUACACAAAUCUUGAGUUACGUUGAACUAACUCAGUUAAAAAAGCUUGGCUAUAAUUGUAACAAAUUCAUACUGUAUUGCAGAAACCUAUUGAAAACAAUCCCUUAAACCGUUAAACUUGAUACUACUCUGGACCAUCAUCAUUACUAAAUGCUGACAUUUUUACCCAGAGUGCAACAGUGGUCACUGCAGUGUUCAACCACCACAGACCCACACUCAACAGGAUUGGACAUGGCAACUCAUCAUGGCUCACUCAACGUUGAUUUUAAUAAACCAAAAUCAGUGUAAACUAAGACUAGAUGAGUUGCCCAAAAAUAGAACAGACACCCAAAGGGGACGUAGGCUGGGGAGAAUGACAGUAUGCACAUGGUAGGUUAAACAAGGUGGAAAGAUGUGCCCAGUAUGCAAAUUUAUGGUCCCAAAAGCCAAUGGGAAUGGUGUGAGUUUUAUUCAAGAAGGUUACAUUGACCAAAAAGUAAAGCCGAGAAGUCUUACAUACAACAUACUAAAAGUUCAAAGUCCAAAACAUUUAAAUUAAACAUUUAUGCAGUCUCAUAUUUCUCAGCUCAACUACUGAAUUAACUGAUAACCCCUAUUGUGCUGAGGCAGCCUGUGACUCCUGAUAGGCAUCAAAAUUAUUUCACACACUUCACUGCCAUCACUUAACAUGGGUAAUUCUGAACAGGCUAAAACUAAGAGUAGUCUAUGGACUAAACAGUCUGUUGUCCCACAUAUAGUUAGAAGAGGGGAAAUCGAUACAGCCACACUAACUUAUUGGCCUGUUUGUAUUUGCCUGAAAAGUAACUUAAAGAAAAAUGGUGAACAUAAAACAUUUGGCCUUCUGCUCAUUGACCGCUGGGAUAGGCUCCAGCUCCCCCACGACCCAGAAGGAUAAGCAGCUUAGAAGGUGUGUGUGUCUACAUAACAUUUGAACUAAGUCACCUUAACUCAAACUAUGCUAAAAAAUGAUCACACUCAAAAUGUUUAACUUAUCUCAACAAUUCAAUUUUUAAAUAGUUUUGAAAAUAGUUUUGUUUUCUGUUUAAGUGACUCCAACUUUGUGUAGUAUUUAAGUUGUAUUAACUUAAUUCUUUCACUAAGAUGUGCAUUUAGGUUUUACAGUGCUGCGAUAACAAAGGUGUAUUCAUAUUUAAUAUUUCUCAAUUGUCGCUCAUUAAAUCAUCCAAAGAAAUUCUGUGGAAAAUGUGGAUUCUAAACUUUCAACUGAUGCCACAAUUGUAUUUGUAUUUGCAUAACAGGAGAUGUAAUUUAAAUUUGAUGAAGGUUAUUGUUAUACCUCCAGGCUUAUUCUUAUCUACCGGAUGUGCGGAAAUUGAACUGUUGCAGAUAGAAUGUAAAAAUGUUAAUGCAGUUGAUUACAUAACUGUGUGAUUAAUUGUGUAAUUAAAUUUAAAUAGUACAGCAAAGAAACACCAGUAACUAGGCUUCUAAGGACUAAGCUGUUUUAGUUGCCCUUUUCAGCUGUUUUUCCACACAUGCUGGGAAGACCUAACUGUAGAAUAAUUUCAUAUUGUUAUCAGAAUGGUUACUUCCCUAGAGGCUUUUUCAUUGAAAGAGGUUCGCAUGCCCACAGUUUUCCUGUAUAUUACACAUAGUUUACAGUACGUCUGUUUUUACGAAGGUGUUACAUUAGAUGAAUUGAAUUCAUCAAUGAAUUCUGAUGCUGAUUUUCUAAUCUGUAAUUGUGGUUGUACUGCCAUGCUUGAACAAAUUGUAUGAAUGAAUGAUUAAAGUAUAAAAAAUGUUCAUCGACAUCAAUAUAAGCAUAGUUCUCCGUUUUGUUGACAAGAACAACAAAAC